UCAAUCUGCCAGUUUCUAUUUGAGUCUCUAUAUAGCAACAACCCGUAAAUUUUCCAGUGAUCAAUUGUUUUUGAUAAAUUUUGUGCUUAUUUUUUAUGCAAAUUUCGUUUGCUCUCCACCAUGUUGGGUACAAAAUCCGUACGCACCAUCACGAAACAGACGACGACGAAGAGCCAGAGCCGGGAUACACCGAUCACGCCACUCCGUCGGGUGAUCAUCCCGCGACCGGACAUCCUGCACACCUACCUGGAGUACAAGCAUAUCAAUCAGUAUAUGGAGUAUCUAUCGAAUCGGUAUCCGCACUUUGUGCACAUGUACACUUUGGGUCACACCCAUGAGAAACGAGAGAUACGAGCACUUGAGAUCAACUGGAUGAACUCCCAAAAUGUGGAGUUGUCGACGCAAAUGCGCGAGCAAUCGCCACCGCCAUUUGUGGCCGGCAACGCUGGACAUGACGCUUUACCGGUGGUGCAUAAUGCCAGCCAUAGCCGGAAUACGGUAUUCAUUGAGGCUGGAACCCAUGCCCGCGAGUGGAUCAGCAUAAGUACGGCCCUUAACUGCAUCUACCAGCUAACGGAGCGCUACACCCGCAACAUAGAUGUGCUGCGGAAGUUGCGCUUCAUUAUUGUUCCGUUGGUGAAUCCCGAUGGUUAUGAGUACUCCCGGACCAAGAAUCCCAACUGGCGCAAGAACCGACGAACCCACAAGUCCACCAAGUUCGUGGGCACCGACUGUAACCGUAACUACGAUAUAUUCUGGGCCAGCGGUGCUGGCAAGAUCAACAGGAACACCUACAAGGGCGAUCGUCCCUUCUCUGAACUGGAGACUCGGGCUAUGCGCAACAUACUGGACCGGCUCAGCCCCAACCUGCUGUUCUUCCUCUCGCUGCACUCGUAUGGCCAGAGCAUCAUGUAUCCCUGGGGUUAUUGCCGUGACGCUCCGCAAUAUUGGCGCGAGCUUAGCUCACUGGCCAACUCCGGACGGAGUGCCAUCAAGUCUUACAACGGCAGGGAGUACCGGACAGGUAGCAUCAGUUGCCUGACCAAGCGCACUAUUGCAGGGUCGGUGGUGGACUAUGUUUACGGCGUGCUUCGGGUGCCAAUGGCCCUGGUAAUGGAGCUGCCGUCGCGGGAGCUUGGCUUUCAGCCACCGGUCGAAAUGAUCAGCCAGAUUGGCCACGAAAGUUGGUACGGCAUCCGUGAGAUGUGCAAGCGUUCCUACGACCUGCGUACCCAGAUCAAUCGCGACAACGAGCCGCCACUGCAAGGAGCACAUUACGUCUUGGAGGUGAGUAAUGAGGGCUCGAUGACCACGACCAACGAGAAGCCACCGGCGCCGGAUGGUGGUGGCGAUGCCACUGGAGCCAAAUCGACGCCCAAGAAAAAGAAGCGAGUAAAGCGCACAAUGCGGGCGCAACAUGAGACCAUUCUCCGUUUGCAGAGUUCCAAACCAGCCACCAAGCCCAAAUCCCUGCCAGCGGGACUCUUUCCACGCCAGAUACCAAACUCGGCACCACCAAGCAGACUCGGGCGUGGCGGCGGUGGCGAUGGCUUGCUCCUAACUACAAAUGGCAAGCCGCCCAUUUCCUCGACAAUGCCGUUGGGUGUGUUUCUCUAAACGGGAGCCUGUUCGUGAUUAGUGCCUAAAUGUUUGUUUUAAAUUAAAGUAAAGAUUUUGAAGUA